AUGACCAAAACCGACCCCACAGACCAACAACGCCUCCUACUAGUCAGCGUCCCGCGCACCGCGUCCAAUCUGCUCCUCAAAGUCCUCAACAUCCACUCCCAACCCGCCCUCCACACCAACAACAAAGGCGGCUACUUCUUCUUCGACGCCUUCACAGCCGCCGCGCAGAGCAGCGUCCUGACCACCCCGCCGGCCACCUGGGCCCCGGCCACCGUGGCGCAAGUCCGCUCCGUCUUCCAGUCGUGCUUCGAUGCCCUGGAAACCUUCUCCGCCGAGGCCGCCACAAACGGCAAACGGGCCUUUGCCAAGGAACAUGCCUUCUGGUUCGCCAACCCGGUCUCCUUCCACCCGACCGACCCCGAGGACUCUGCAUCCUCUGCCUCGGACGAUGCGGACAGAAAAGAAGCAGACGAGAACCUCUUCCGCCUGCCCCUGCCCUCAACCUACGGCCCAACCACCACCGCCACGUUUUCGUCGGGCAACGAAACCAUCUUCCCCGACGAAUACCUCCGCACCUGGCGCCUGGCCUUCAUCAUCCGGCAUCCGGCGCUCGCGUUCCCGAGCUUCUACCGCGCCAUGCGCAAGGUCGGCGAGACGGGGUAUCUGGUCGAUGACGAGGAGACGCUGCGCGGCACGCUGGCGACCAAUAUGUCCCUGCGGUGGACGAGGGGGUUGGUCGAGUGGUGUCUGCGGCAGAAGCCGGGGGAGGAGGUUCUGCUGCUUGACGCCCAUGAUUUGAUUCAUGAGCCGGCCGCGGUGAGGCGGUUUUGUCGGUUGGCUGGGUUGGACGAGGGGGUGGUCAAGUGGGAGUGGGGCGUGGGCGAGCCGCAUCAGCGCAGGGGCAAGAAGGAGGAGGAGGAGCAGGGGGUGCUGACCCAGGAGCAGCGGGAUUAUUAUGCUGCGGCUAGGAUUAUGCUGUCCACGUUGGAGGGGUCGUCCGGCGUGAUGAAGGAGAAGACGCCGGCCGCGGUGGAUGUGCGCGCUGAGGUUAAGAAGUGGAGGGCGGAGUUUGGGGAGGAGGUUGCCGCGAUGUUGGAGCGGGCGGUUGAGGAGGCCAUGCCGGAUUAUGAAUUUCUUAGGGGGAGGAGGGUGAGGGGGUAG